GCCGCCACAGGCUUUGCCCGCUGAAGAAGGAUGCUUGCCUAUUAGUAUUAUUUUAAACCUGCUUCUUCUUCAUUUUUUUCAAAACCACCUCCCCCCCCACCACCGUAUUUAAAAGCGCCGCCACUUCUUGCCCUCAGGCUCGGUUUGGCGGGGAUGUUUGGAGGUUUUCUGGAGUAAGGAUAAAGCCAGAAGAAGUGGUGGAAAAGCACAGGAGGGUACAGCUGGAAGAUGAAGCCAUGUAAAGCUCCUGCAAAAUUCAGCAGAGUGGUGGCAUGCUAAAAGCCCCAUCUGAAUGGGUUGUGAUUUCCGGAAGGAACCAGAUCAUCCCUUGCACAUGUUGUGGCACCUGAUUGUACAUUACACAACAUGGUAGGAGUCCAUAAUUAUAAUUCAGGUCCAUGGCAGAGCAAGCAGACUCUUUCUAUUCCUCUGAUUGACAGUUCCAUCUCUACAGACUAAAUCGACCAGUAACCAGUCCAUUGUGAUUACACCAGCAAAAGUUGCUUUCAGGUAUUUGGGAAGAGAGCUUGUGGAUAGUGAGGCAAAGAGAGAACAUGGAAGCUUUCCACCAGUAUAGAAAGAUAGUGGAGAUGAUUCCUUGAGAAAGCUGUAUCAGCAUCAUAAGGAGCAAGCAUGGCUUUUGCCCAGUCACACAUUAUGGCAGCUAGAAGGCAUCAGCACAGUAGACUCAUAAUCGAAGUUGAUGAGUACAGCUCAAACCCGACACAGGCAUUCACUUUCUACAACAUUAACCAGGGACGUUUCCAGCCUCCGCAUGUGCAAAUGGUUGAUCCUGUUCCACAUGAUGCUCCCAAGCCUCCAGGAUACACACGUUUUGUAUGUGUAUCUGAUACUCACUCCAGAACAGAUCCAAUCCAAAUGCCAUAUGGAGAUGUUUUAAUACAUGCUGGUGAUUUCACUGAACUGGGACUUCCUAGUGAAGUUAAAAAAUUCAAUGAAUGGUUAGGCAGCCUACCAUAUGAAUACAAGAUUGUGAUAGCGGGUAAUCAUGAACUGACGUUUGACCAAGAGUUCAUGGCAGACUUAAUCAAGCAGGACUUUUACUAUUUCCCCUCUGUAUCCAAACUGAAGCCAGAGAGCUAUGAAAAUGUACAGUCCCUCUUAACAAACUGCAUAUAUCUCCAAGAUUCAGAAGUGACAGUAAGAGGCUUCAGGAUAUAUGGCUCCCCUUGGCAACCUUGGUUUUAUGGCUGGGGCUUUAAUCUUCCACGAGGUCAAGCUCUCUUAGAGAAAUGGAACCUGAUUCCAGAUGGAAUCGAUAUUCUUAUAACACACGGACCACCUCUUGGUUUCUUAGAUUGGGUUCCUAAGAAAAUGCAAAGAGUAGGAUGUGUUGAGCUGCUGAAUACAGUCCAGAGACGAAUACAGCCCCGACUUCAUGUUUUUGGACAUAUCCAUGAAGGUUAUGGAGUUAUGGCUGAUGGAACUACGACCUAUGUGAAUGCUUCUGUGUGUACAGUGAAUUACCAGCCACUCAAUCCACCUAUAGUUAUUGAUUUGCCCACACCAAGGAACACUUGAUUAUUGCAGGAUGUAAAUAUGAAACUCUCAGCCUACACACAAUAUUAGCAGCUCUGUGUUGCUUGCUGAAAAUGAUAAGUGAACAUACAUUAAAUUACAAACAUAUUUUUCUUCUUUCUUUAUGGACAAAUUGGAGAGUCAAAAAUGAACAGAAAGCAAAGGCAUUUGGUAUUCACAGGCUUCUAGGAGUACCUUAAUGAGGCUAGCAGUUCGUUGUUUUUAAAAAGCAAUCUAAUACAAAAGGAGAUGCCUUCUAUAUGGAGAGAUGUUGAUGCAUUUUGUAUAUUCCAUGUUAUCUUGAACAUACUAAAUGAAGAAGACUCUUCAGCAAAAUGAUUCAUUCCUAAUAUCUGCGGUUCUACUUGUGUGCUGCUAAAUAUUAGCAUUUGUUUAUUUAAAACUGGCUUCACAAGAUAGUCAUGUGGGCAAACAAAACUGUGCCAUGUUUUUGGAACUGUUACAGCAGGUAUAAUACAGUAUCCCUAGAUAUUUAAGAGGUUAAAGGAAGCACAAUUCUUAUUCUUCUCUUUUCAAAUCAAUACCGCUCUAAACCCAAAUCCUGUUGAAGUUUUCCCAGAGUGUUUAAGGGCAGUUGCACAGUGUUUUCUUCUCUCAUGCACACCCACAGCGCCUGAUUCUGCUUCCAGUGUGAGGCUAAGUAUGCAAGAGGAGUCUGCCAAGGGUGGGAAACAUCUAUGAGAUUGCCCUUACACACAAGUGGGCAUACCUUGAGUCUUUUAAGUUCAGAGUAUUCACAAAUUAUCUUUUUGAGUCUGCUAUUAAUA